AUGAUCACCAAACGAAGCGCGACCGAUAAGCCAUCUAAAAAGAGCCCACUUGGUUCCACAGAGAACGAGAAGAAAUUUACUACGACUGCCUGGGCAGUCAAGUCCGCUGAGUAG